AUGCUUGCCCGUAGCGUUAGGGUGAUCGGUCUACCAAUCAGGCGAGGGUUUGCUGCUGCUGCUGCACCGGCUGCACAGGGGUCCGCUGAUCAACUCAGACUCACCUUUGCCUCUCCUUAUACGGCGCUUUACAAUAAUGCGAAUGUGAAACAAGUGGACGUGCCCACGCUUGCUGGUGUUGUCGGUGUGCUUGCGAAUCACGUUCCCACAAUUGGUGUCCUCAAGCCCGGAGUUGUUCAAGUUACUGACAUGGAUGGAAAGGUGUCUAAAUAUUUUGUUUCAUCUGGGACUCUUUCAAUGAACAUCGAUGGAUCGUGUCAAGUGCUGGCCGAGGAGGCAAUCCAGGUUGAUGCUAUUGAUGAGACUGCGGCAAGAACUGCAUUGGAAGCCGCUCAACGUGCUCAAAAUGAGGGAAGUGAGAAAGAUCGAGCUGAAGCAGGAAUUCGUGCCGAGGUUGCUGAUGCUCUUCUCAAAGCCGUUGGCGGAGCCCAU